GCAGCGACGCCGUGAUGGUGAAACCAGUGGUUCCCGAAGUGAUCGUGGUCAACGACGACAACGCAGGACGAAUCGCGACGACUGACAGCUCACGCCAGUUGACCGCCGUGCGGGCGCGUCUGGGGGACCCGCCUCACAGCGUCUCGAACGACCUCCAGGGCACCAAGCAGCAGGUGACGCUGAGCUCUUCCGCGCAUGGGAAGACUGUCCCACAUUCCCUGAUGAGGAGCGACGAAUUGGUGAGGACCCGCUACACCACAGUGAUCCAUGGCAGAAGCCCGGGAGCGCGACGCAGCUCCUUCGUGAACCUGACCGUCAGAGGCUACAUGGGCCAGGUUCAACGGCAGCGAGGCCGCAUCGACGCUUUCGACGCCAAUCUCCGUGACCUCGGCAGUCGCGCGCAGAUUGGCGAGCAGGAGCAACAGAUGCGGUCGGACAUUGGACGCGUUCAGUCUUCUCUCGCCAUGGCGGAGGCCACGCUCCCGCCGCGCGACAUGGCUGCCCUCGCUAUCUGGGACCGCCCGCCCGACCCUCACCUCUACAGCACUGGUGCGCCCUCGGCUAUCGAGCCUGCGGAGGUUCGGCCUUCGUUGGAGCCAUGGAUCGCAGCAGCGGGAGUUCCCCUCAGCGACGUCGAGUUCAUUGGCGACGUUCCGUCGCGUAG